AUGACUGACGCGAAUGGAAGCAAUGGCGUUCUUUUGGUGUCCAACAGUUCUGCUAGCGAAACGGAUGCCACAAGUGCAACAAACGAAAGUUCUGUUGCUGAGGAAAACCGUAGCGUCACUUUUCCUCGCAUCCUCGAUGCUUCGGUGCCGGAAAUCUACCGAAGCGAGUAUCCGGUCACCCAGGUCAACGGCUGUCGGCAGUAUGGGCCUCCGAGAACCUGGGAGGAGCCGACACCCGGUUUCGGGUGUGAAGUAUACGUAAAACGCAUUCCGCCGGAAUUCACCGAAGCGGAACUGGUUCCGAUAUUCGAACGCUUCGGACGUAUUUACGAAAUGCGACUGAUGAUGGAUUACAAUAAUCAGAACCGGCGGUACUGUUUCGUUCGGUACACCACCGAAGACGACGCUAAGGUAGCCAUCGAGGUGUUGAACCACUGCUUCAUCAGAGGCAACCAGGUGUUGGAGGUUCAGAAAUCGUUUGAAAAAUGUCGUCUAUUUGUGGGCAAUCUACCAAAGGAAUUGGAUCGUAAGACCAUCGAAAUUGCCUUCCGCUCGCUCUUUCCGGAAAUGACGCGAUUUGUCAUGCACAACCGGAUUGCCGACGGAGCUCACAAUCGAGGCUUUGCGUUCAUGGAUUUUCCGGACCAUGCAGCGGCUUUGCGAGCCAAAAAACAAACUACUCCAGGCUGCAUGCGAAUUUGGGAUAGAGACAUUAAGAUUGUUUGGGCCAACCCGCAAAAGUCGCUCGAUCAUUCUGGAGUAGACGAGGUGAAGACGCUGUUUGUUCGGAAUAUUGCUUCCGAGGUAACCUCCAAGGAUUUGUAUACGCUAUUUGUUCGAUUGGUUCCUCGCAAUGAAAUCAUCAAGAUUUCUCGUGUUCGUGAAUUUGCUUUCGUCGAGUUUGCCCGGCGAGAAUCGGCUGAAGUGGUAAUGUUUGCUGCUCAGGGUUAUACACUGAAUAAAUUUCAGCUGGAUAUCGAGUGGGCGAUGCCUCCCCUGAGGAACUCGUUCCAUAAUAUGAAAAAUUAUGACUUCAACUCGCUGCUUAAAACCAAGUGUAUCGCCAACGGAUGGGAUCCUCCGAUUAUAAUUUUUGGACGGGUUUUUCAACUUAGCUGCCUACAGUACGCUGCAGUCAUCAUGCGUCAGAAGGAAAAGGUGCACGUUUACUUCGUGGAGAUUCAUAUCACCGGACUGGCCGAUAUCCAGAGCCGUAUUUGCGAAACCAUUAUAGCGCAAAUUGUAGAAAAUGGGACGCUUUCGGAGCAUCACCUUGUAAUUAAGCUCAAACAGGAUUCUUUGAUGAUAGUCGGAACUGUCUCGUCACUUACAUAUCCGUCUCUUAGUUUGGCUAAGGAUGUAGAUAAAUCGGUCGAGCUUUUUUGGAACGAGAUAGUUGAUCUAUGUGAAGCAACCAGCAAACUUGUGCCGUACCCCUUCGAUGAUUUGUACCUACUGUACAGCAACGAGUUUGAUUUUGAAAUCCCAUUUCCUUACAUGGAGUGCAUCAAGUUAAAAGAUCGCAUCUUUGGAUGUCUGCACCAGUCGUACCGUAACCGACCGUUGCUAAAUCGAAAACUGGACAAUCGUGAGAUCGUUUUCGUCCUGUGCGAUCAGCUUACGCUGACGAAUUACAAUUUUUCCAAGAACAAAACGUACAUUGCCGAGCCGCUUUCGGCCCUGAAGGGAACCGGAACCAGUGCUAUCAAGUGUAAGACAAUGGCAAUGCUGCCAGCGAACAUCGUUCAGGCGUGCUACGGACGCGAGCUAAACAUUGGAGCCGUCUACUUCGGGUUGAACCCGUACGCGAUUGCCGAAGUCCCGGAUGGGUUGCGCAUGUGCAUGGCCAAACCGGAACGGCAGCCCAUACCGGUUGACAAUCGGUACCGCCACGACGGCGACCAACCACUGGAGAUCCCAGGAGAUUGUCCCGGCGAUGGAAUGUCUCCCGACUCCGACACGCGAAUCGACGUCAGCUGCUUGCACUGUGUCCAACUCGCCGAUGCCGGAUCGCUGCUGUAUGUGAGGAUGAGUGAGUAG